GAGCCAAGUUAAGUGUCAUAAUAAUGUGCCUAACACCUCAGCAUUCAGGAAUUGCGAACAGCUCAACUUAUUUCGUCAAUUUGCGCACCGUAAUAAGUAUGCGCCGCUCGUCACUAAUCGCAGUGGAGUCAUGAAGUCGACCGCGUCAGUGAUGACGGCGCAGCACCCGUACCAGGUCCAAAUGCCAGGUUCAGCGGGUCCACAGCUACACAUGGCAGCCGGACCCAUACCGACUUCGGGAUACCCAGGCUAUCCGUAUUAUCCGUCGACAAUGCCACAGCAAUUCGUGCAGCCUAACGUGCUGGCAUCGCAAUUCCCCCCGAUGCAGCCACACGUCAUCCCGCAGGCAGCCACACCCACCCAAAUACCGGCUCCCAUCCAGCAAAUGGCUGCUCCUUUCCAGCCUGGCAUCGCGCCACCACCAUUGACGCCGCAGAGUCAGACUGUGAUCGGCUCCGGUGGCCUAGGCAGUCAACAACUGGCGCCUUCUGCUACGGGAGCAUCCCCACCGUCACAAUCGGGAUCUAGCCUACCCACACCACGUCCGCCUUCUGCUGUCGAUUCCGAACGACCGCAGUCUGCACCCGAUCACCAUCAAGGCUCCCAACCAGGAGUCCUUCACGAUGAUCCGUUUGAUGACCAGUAUGACCAUCGUUGCUCACUCUGCAUUGCCGCUUGGGGAUUCUCUUUCCUCUGCGGUCUAACAGGCGCUGCUGGCGCCCUAUUCGUACAGCAAGGACACACUUUCUCAUUUAAGACACUGGGAUUCGUGCUAUUGUCGGUUAGUAUUCUGCUAUUUCUAUCAACGUUCCUGUUCCUGCCAGCAUCCAGCAAAUACGCGAACAAGAUGCCCGUGCAUCGUCAAUGCCUGCCAUUCCUACUUGUGGUCAUUGCGUCCGGCGAGAUUUGUUGGGUGGUGUACCUGAUCAGUGAGGGCGGAGCGGAGGGCAAAGGUAUUCUGGUGGCCCUCGCUGCCUUUCUUGCUCUUUUCUGGCUCGCGCUUUGGAAGAUCAUGUGUCUACGGUGCUGUUGUCACCGACGGAGGAUCUGCGCCCAAAAGAAGGCCCAGGCACGCCUCGCACAACAGCAGCAGCAGGCGAGCAGCAAACGGAGAUCCGCAGGGAAGAGACGCGGUAGUACCGAUCCAGAGGAGUUCGAGACAGAUUUUCAUCAUGUAAAUACACAGGUCCGUGAAACUCUUCGCAACCGUUUCAACGAGAGCAUCUUACAGCAGAGCAUCAUUCAGUCUGCAGCUCCAUCGAUGACUAUUGGCGGUGAGGGACCGACGCUGGCAAUCGUUGCCGCCGGUCCCCAGCCGCAAGGAAGCCACGCCCCAAGUGCGCCCCCUGCUGACACGCCAGCAACUAGCCAUGGUCCUAACAACACUGGCACACUCACCACGUUCGGUGGAACCCAAGGGGUAUCAACAACAACUGCGACCUCUGGUGGAGCCUCAGGACCAACGACCAGUGGUCAAACCACUGGUCAAGUGCACGACCCUCCACCUUACGACGCGGUGUACAGAAGAACGCCCCCGCCCCCCUAUUCAACGCUAGUCUAGUAAUCCAACCAGAGUCCAAUCCGGCUAGUUGUUAUCGAGUCAUCUUUACUUCAGGAGCGCUAACCCGCUCUCAGGCAUGUUUGUAGAGCCGUUGGCUUCGAAAAAAGGAUGACUGACAUUCUUUCCACUAAAGGUAUGACAUUUCCGUUAAACAGGUAUGACAUCCCGUCGAAGCAAAGUAGGUUGGCUGGCUUGGGCCUGGAGCUGCUUUGUGUUGCGCGCCGAUCCUCGUCGCCUCCUAUAGUUCUGCUCCGCGUCUCAUUAGCAUACGCGACCAAAGGCCACUCAGGAACCUAAGAAUUAAGACAAGAAGACAUCUCAGUUAUUUAGCAGAAAAGGUCACUGCGUCAUGAAAGCCCCCUGGCAACAUAAUAACCAAAUAAUAGUAGUGACAUCUUUUAAAUCGUCGUUGGAAGCCUGAUAAUGUAUUACGCAAUAGGGAAAAAAUGAAAGGGUGAAAUUAGACGGAUAACGAAAAAUAAUUUCGAAAGGAUUGAUUCCAUUAUCCAGGAAACCUUUGCGUUCCAGUUAUCUGCCGAGUUUGUCGGCCUUGUCUUGUGUAUGCCAUGACAGUAUUAGAGGGUUGGGGAUACGGCGCGAUUAUCCUUCCGUGACCCACUAAACACCCACUUUUCAUCCCCAUGGUUGUCUAGACCGGGUUCUGAAAAGAUGAACAACAGCAGAAGUGUGAGUGUUUCAUGAUGCUGGUGAUGGCAUUGACUCUGAGGUGACUUUCGAAAACCUAGGUUGUUUGUGCAUCUCAUCUAUGACACCCGGUUCAAUUGACUUCUGGGAACUCAGACCGCGAUGAUGCCGCCGACGGCCCAGCGGCAUGUUCCAUGAAGACCAACUUGACAAGACAGAAUCUAGCUAUAUGUUCCAUGAAGGGUAUGUCGUAAUCGCGACUGUGCUCUGACUAUUCAUCACAACUAGGCAUGCGGUAUGUUUAUAUAUAUAUAUAUAUACAAUGUACCAUAUGGCAUACACAAAAGGAUGAAGAAACGUCGUGAGCCAUUUUCGACGGUUGCGGACGAUAGUGUUUUUUAGAUUUUAAUGGCAAUGCUAAGCGGUCCAGGUUCCCAUGCUGGCAUUAAUUAUGAUGUUCUUCUGACGGUCUCACUGCGCCCAAGGCUGUGGGUUUGCACAUAUUGCGAAGCGCCACAGAGAAGAGGAUCGCUCGUAUCGUUACUUCUUCCGUUUAUGAUUAACAGACGAGAAUACGUACGUAGACGUUUUCAGGAGGUAAUUCAUGAGCUGCCUCAGAUCAAACGACACUCCACUGUCGGGAGUAGGUUUAUUAAUGACUAGGGACAAGCAAAUUGUUCAAUUAAAUGAUCACUUAAUUAAAAGUCUAUUCCAUGUUCUAACAAAGCUACAUGACAUCAAAUUCCGUAAGAACUGAGUGUUAUUAAGCUGUUACAAAUGAAUUCGGCGAACUUUGAAACUGAAUGGCUUUAAACUCUGCGCUACUAGCAGACGAGUGGCGCGUAAAUACCCCAAUCUUCUAGAAAUUUAUGUCUAACCACCGGUUGAGUUCGCCCCCCAAGAAAGAUGAGAUCUGAAGGAAAAAUAUGUUUUAGACUAGAAAAUCAGCACUUAAUGGUCAAGCUUUUGUUCCUCUGAAAUACCAGUGCCCUAUUCGAAAUUCGUCCAAGACUGACGGAGACAUUAGGCAGGAAGACAUUAAGCGAAAGGACAGCAAGUUAAUGGUGCAAUCAUUUCAAGAGCAAAGAUUGAGGUGUCAAAGACCAAUAAGGAGGUGACCAGAUGCAGGGAUCCGGGGGACAACAGCGCGUUGCCGCAACCGAGAAGGCUUUUCACGAACGAACGUAAAGCUUGGACUUACUCUGUCGGUCAAAACUGGCACUUUACACGUCACGCGCUACAGAACUACAACCCAAAUACCGAAAAUGAGCUAAUUCAGUAAGAAACCCACCCCUUAUGAACUGACUCCAGAUAUACAUGCCUUUUACGUGCUAUUUUCGCGUUUCAAGUUUUAUCUUCGCUAUCGUCAUGAAGCGUUCCAUAUGACGGCUGGCUACCAGCACGAAGCGAAAACUGUCUACGCCUGAGUUCGAACCUAGACUAUAGCAUAUUCCGAAGAUUAACACGCAAAUACUUUACCCACCAAGCUAUCACGAAAACGUGCAUCUUGAGGAACUUUAUUCAGUAGAAAUUUCGCCUGGAGCAUACGGUCGUCAUAGGCGAGGUAUAGUUCAAUCUCUGUCGCCCGCCGGAGAAAAACCAGCCACGAGAAUGGCGCUUUCCCAGAGAGAGAUAGAGCUCAGUGGCAGUGUCGGAUGGAUUUGAAAGUGCAGUGAUGACAGUACCUAAUGAACAUUAGGCACAUCUGCUAUGAGAUGCUGGCCAAAGCUAAAAUAAAAAAGGCAGCUUCUUAUUCCGAGUUCUUCAAGAGAUUCAUAGGCCGUCGGUACCGCAAUCGAAAGCAUGCAGCCUAGUUACUUAAUGACAAUGCCAAAUUUCAUUGCCAUGCUUCGGUUGCUUCCUGUAUUGAGCAGACGAAUAUUGGAAGCGUUGCGACAACCGUGUAAAAAUAAAGGAAGGUAUCUCUAGCAUAUUGAAAAAAAUAUCAUUAUAGCCCAACAAGUUUACAGAUGAUUCAUUUCAAAGUCACCGGAUUCGCUUGUGACAGCCUAAUAUCAACAAAGGCAUAUUCCCGUCGAUGAUAUUGACAUACAGAUAGGUCAUAAACAACAAAUAAUCCCUUAACUAAUAGGGUAAAGAAAAGAUCAGUUUUUAAAAAUCAAUUCUAAAUACGAGUAACUAUUGUUACUGCUAACUUGUUUUUGGCAUUCCACACAGUUAUUGUAUAUUUGUCUAUAUGUAAAGUAGGAUACCCAGCUGAAUGUCUCCAUUUUGACGGGAUAUCGACUUGCUAAGAAACCUUUUGUACCUCAUGCUACGUCAGAUCUAACAUCCCGAUGAGCAUGAACCUAUUAAAAGAAGGAAGACCUAUAAAACAACCGAGAAAAAGCUACGACAAAAGCAUUCGUCAAAGGUUCUUAUUGCCGCGCUAUAACCACAGCAAAUAGGCAGACGUUCACGUUGUGCUCUAUUUCACGUGUAUGCGCUUGUCCAAGGUCGUAUGAUUACAUCGUUCAACUGCAUAAACAUGCAAAACGUGCGGAUAGCAAAUAUCGUCCGGUGAUUGAUCGACGACAAUGAAACAAAAGGAAACAUUAAUAAUUUAAAGACUCUUGAGUAAUUAUGCACGACGAUGCCAGAGAACAAAAUGAUCCGGACGAGUUGAGCACAAGGUUCUCCUGAGCCUCCGAUACCAAAUAUAGAUUGACUUUAGGAUCCUUUAAGGUCCUUUUGCAAAGUACCGGGUAAUUGUGCCGAUGGUGCGAAUGCUAACUGAGAUGGUGAUGAAGCAUUCCACUGAGAUAUUUAGAUACUAAAACAGCAGAGCGUAUUGAAGAAGACAAUGCACUCAGCGUGAAGAAUCAGAUACACAAGGCAACCAGAUAAUACCUGUACAUAUAAUCCUGUCCUUCUACAUACAGAUGUCCUACAUUCGAGUAUGAUACGUUUUUGUAGUAGACUUUCGACGCUCCCAGCCUGAUCAGGGAAUUUUCUAAUUCUGAUUUAGUGAUGCGUAUGCUAGUUUUUGUGAUUCACUGCAUCUGUGCGGAACAGUUAUUUCCGUGUGUGCGCGCCAUUAACACACACACACACACACAAUAAACUGGUAUUGUUUUUUUGCUCGAGUAAUAGAUUUUUUCGCUUAGAACGAUAAAACUGACCGAUCGCUUUGAAUCGACUAUAAUGACGUUGUGCUAGAGGGGGGCAAACUAUCACUCUCGUCGAAAAUGGUCUGCUCUAGCGAAUGCUCGGUGACAUAGAAGAACACGCAUGGCAGUCCUGCAACAGACAAUGUAAGGCAAUCAAAGGUUUUUUUUUGAGGGGCGGAGUCGAUGGUAAACACAGUCGACAAUUUAGUGGAUAAUACAAAGCAGAAAGGGAACAUCGGACUGGCAGAUCAUGAGAUUCAUUGAGGACAUCAACGAUCAUGUAUAUAUAUAUAUGUAUAUAUAUAUAUUACAGUUAACGCUAUAAACGAAUUAUAUUGUGACGAUGUGGUUCGUAUUCAUACCACGGCAGAAAGAAAAGUCUGAGUAAGAAACAAAAUGUUGGCGAAUUAAUAUAUAAAUUCGUAAAUAAAAACAGUUUGGCUAUCUGCGGCGGGUGGGUGUGAAAUCGCACAACUAAUAAUGGCACAAACCAACUAAGCACGGCAAAAACAGGGCACGGAGGAAUUUUUUCAUGAUGCCAACAACAUGACGAUGAAGCUAUAAGCGAAGAGAGAGUCGGAUCGAAGCUGUAAAUAAGCAGGUAGUAAAGGCUAGUUAAGAAGGACAUGAGGACUUUUACCGCCGGACAACAUAAAAGGAACGAGAGAAUCUCACACAAUCCGACGGACGACAACGAUAAAAACAAAACGCUCGUAAGUUUUUUGCAGGAUACAUUUUACACAUUUUGCGGUAACGACAAACUAUUUGGUAGUUUAAUGGUGACGGUCCGAAAACGAGAUGGACUGUGAUGAGCGACAAUGCCGAGAAAAUUAAUUCAUCGACUGAAUGAUACAGAAAUAUUUGAGCAGUUACCAAAGUUUAUCAUAUCUAAUUAUAAUAAACAACACCCUACAACUAUUACUGAGUUAUAUUGAGAUUGAUAAUAAACUACGUUUUUGUAUAUUCAUCAAAUGUUGUCUUGCACAGAGCGAUCAUUUACGCAUUACGUUA